AGCAUCGAGUCCGACUCCACGUGUGCUGGUCCUGGAGCCUCCGCACUGUGCAAAUGAAGCCGCUCGCGGGGACCUCGCCGGGCGCGGGGGAAGAGGCGCAGGGACGUGCCCAGGGGCGUGCGGCACGGCAGCGGCACAGGAGGGGCUGCCGGCAGAGCCCCCCAGCUCACAGGGAGCAGCAGGCAGAGCCGGCCGGGCUCCCCGCGUCUCCGGAUGAAGGGAGGAUGAGCAGUCCCCAGGGGCACCCGGACGGGGUCGUGGCCGGGAGUGAGCAGAGCACGGAGCGCGUCAGUGAGGAGCCGGGCAAGGACAGGCAGGAGCUGGCCGUGCGCACCGGGGACAGUGACGGCACCGAGGAAGAUGCAGAAACCCUGGAGGAGCCGCUGCUGAGCUUCCCCGGUGAGCUCCCGGUGCUGGAGAGACUGGGCCUGCAGAGCGUGGCUUUGACGGAGCAGGACGUGGAGGCAGCCUUUGCCCACCUUGCCCUGGCUUUUCGCUGCGACGUCUUCACCCUGCGGCAACGGGUGCAGGUGGAGAAGCGAGCACGGGAUGCGGCGGAGGAAAACAUCCAGGAGGAGCUGGGGCAGUGCCGGGCUGCCCUGGAGAGGCUGGGCGCAUCCUGCUCGGAUGUGGGCUGCAAGGAGACGCUGGAGCAGCUGCAGCACAGCCUGGCCGUGCUGGCGGCCGCCGUGGAGCGGGCAACGAGCGCUGCGGAGAAGCUGGGGGCCGUUCAUCAGGAGGCGCGGAUGAGCCGAGCGGCGGAGGUGAUGGUCCAGCACGUGGAGAACCUGAAGCGGCACCACCUGCGGGAGCACGCCGAGCUGGAGGAGAUGAAGCGCCUGAUCCAGCAAAACUCCCGCAACCGGCAGCUGGCCGAGACCCAGGAUGACGCGGAGCCACGGCUGAGGCCUCACCCCCUGAUGCGAUCCUUCCAGCAGGCGUCUGCCCGCCGCAGAGUCAGCAUCGCCGUCAUCCCCAAGCAGCUCUUGCCAGGUGCCAGCACGGACAGCCGAGCGUCCCCUGCCAGCGAGCCGGAGGGGUCCCAGCGCCCGGCCAGCACCCAGAGGAGCGAGCUGGAGCCACCGGGCCGGGGCAGCACCGUGAGCGGGGAGCCGGCGGCUGGGGCAGAUGGCAAGGACACGAGCGCAGGGAGCGAGGAGCCAGAGCAGCUUGGGCUGAUGUCCAAGGGGUCCCCGGCGGAGCUGUGGCGGCCGUGGCUCUUCCUCCCGCAGCACUACUGGGUUUUGUUCUGGCUGCUUCUCCUCAGUGUCGCCUUCCUCCUCCUCCUCCGCGUCCUGGAGCUGCAGCGGCUGCAGCCCGCGGCGUCGCCCAAGGCCUAGCUGCAGCGGGGGGGAGGCGGCUGGGGGGCACCCGCUCUCCAUCACUGCUCCUGCCCCCCGCCAUGAAACACAGAGACCCUAGAGAAAUAAAAUCGGAGGCAGAA